UUCAUUUAUUUCCCAAAACCCAAAGCAAUCAAUCAACCAAGCCAAGCUUGCUUGCUUGCUCUCACUUCCCCUCCUCCGUCGCCGGUCACCUCUUCCUCCAGAAACGGCGCCGUUCUAACCAAUAACUUCCCGUUAUGGAAGUGGGUCUCAUUCCUCAGACCCCAAUUCAAGGCCUUCCAACUUCAAAGACGACCAGCCCCUUCCUUUCUUCCCCAUCAGGUCAAUCCAAAUCAACUCUUCCUUUCUUCUUCUUCGCAAUCCUCAAGUUUUAUUUUUGUGGGGUUCGAAAAACUCAAGAUAAUCUCAAUUUGAAAACCCAAGUGGCUUUUUUCUUUUUGUUGGGUGAUUUGGAAUAAAUCAGAUUCUUUUCGAGGCUAACACACUGUGUUUGAUGAAGGGAAAUUAGGUUUUUCUUCUUCUUCUUCUUCUUGAUUAAAAAAGAAGCUACUAUUCUUUGGUGGUUUAAUUUUAUGUUUGUUAAGAACAUAGUUCGUGUAUGAUAGAUUGAUAGUGUUAGUUUAUAAUUAUCGAAAGGAGAUACAAAUGGCUGGUUUUAUGGCUGGUAUGGUUAUCAAUCAUGGAUCAUAUGAAAGUGAUUAUAAUAAACAUUCGCUAGAGAUUCCAGAUGAUGGAGGUCGUUGGUACUUCUCCCGAAGAGAAAUUGAAGAAAAUUCCCCAUCUAGGCACGACGGGGUUGAUUUGAAAAAGGAGACUUAUCUACGGAAAUCAUACUGUACAUUUCUCCAGGAUUUAGGGAUGAGACUUAAAGUACCCCAAGUAACAAUUGCAACAGCAAUAAUUUUUUGCCAUCGAUUCUUCCAUCGUCAAUCCCAUGCAAAGAAUGAUAGAAGGACCAUUGCAACAGCAUGCAUGUUCCUUGCUGGGAAAGUAGAAGAGACACCUCGCCUUCUAAAAGAAGUUAUACUUAUUUCUUACGAAAUCAUUAAUAAAAAGGAUCCCGCAGCAGCACAAAGGAUUAAGCAAAAGGAAGUCUAUGAACAACAGAAGGAAUUAGUUUUACUUGCAGAGAGAAUUGUUCUUGCAACUUUAGGUUUUGAUUUUAAUGUUCAGCAUCCAUAUAAGCCCCUUGUUGAGGCAAUAAAGAAAUUCAAAGUAGCUCAACACGCCCUUGCUCAAGUUGCGUGGAAUUUUGUCAAUGAUGGACUUAGGACAUCUCUAUGCUUACAAUUUAAACCACACCAUGUCGCUGCUGGCGCCAUUUUUCUUGCUGCCAAGUUCCUCAAAGUAAAGCUCCCAUCAGAUGGUGAGAAGGUUUGGUGGCAAGAGUUCGAUGUCACUCCACGCCAAUUGGAAGAAGUUAGCAAUCAAAUGUUGGAACUGUACGAACAAAAUCGCGUGGCACCUUCAAGUGAUGUUGAAGGAAGUGCUGCGAGUGGUGUUACUCACGCGACCCCUGUCAAAGCGACAACGAGCAAUGAAGAGUGUUUAACUAACAACAAUCAUUCUCAGGCUGGAAGUACUCGACCGGGAGCCUCUAAGCCUGUGGUGUUAUCUAAGCCACCAUCCAAGUUUUCUAACGCUGAAAAUCACGGCGGACACCUUAGAACAGCUGAGAGUCGAAGUAAUGACCACAGAAACGCCGAAAUGAAUAAUGGGUCGGAUCACAAGGUGGAUGAUGGUGAAUUUAGAGAGAAUCAUUAUUCCGAACCUAGGCAAUUGCCACACCCCGAAACUGGUGAAGAAAGUGAAACUAGAGAUGCUAGAGAAUUGAAGAGCAAAAACCAAGUUCGAAAUCCAGAAAAUAAACAAAGCACACUUAUAAGCCGGCAAUCACCACAAGAGGUAAUGAAAAAGUUCGACAAGGACAAAUUAAAGGCAGCACUGGAGAAAAGAAGGAAUUCGGUUGGCAAUACAACUCGGAAAACAGAUGUGAUGGACGACGAUGAUCUCAUCGAGAGGGAACUGGAAGAUGGCAUUGAAUUAGCUGUUGGAAAUGAGAAAAGUAAGCAAGACCGUAGUAGACGAAGUUGGUCUAAGCCAUCGCACAGACAAGAACUCGAGGACUCGGAAUAUCAUCAGAAAAAUGGAUUGACAUCAGCUGCAGCAGAUUUGAACAAUGUGGAAGAAGGUGAGCUAUGAUCAUCAUCAUCAUCACCAUCAUAUUACUAGACAAGAUUUGCCUAAUCACAGCAGCCUCAAGAGAAAAGCAGGGAAAGUCCACCACCCCAAAUGUAAUGCAAGGGUUAAUUUUCAUGGGUUUUGCUUAAAUGGGUAAUUAUUAUAAUACUUUUCCUUCCUUUGUCCAAACAUGAAUUUUGAGCAGACAGUAAUUCAAUGUUGAAUUUCAACUGUUGUACAAUUCCAAUCACUUCUUUUUCUCAAAAUCCACACUACAUGGUGUGGCUAUGGUUAUGGUUAAUAUUGUCAUUAUUAUCAUAAUGAGGUGUGAUUAAAUGAAAUAUAUUUAAAGAAUAACUGCAAUA